UAUAUAGGUUUUUUUUUUUUUUUUUUUUUUUGCAAGAAACCAAAUAUAUAGUUAUAUUUUAUUUAUUUAUAAAAAAAAAAGGAAAAAGAAGGAAACUAGACAGAGAAAAGGGUAGAAGAAGGGUAGGAGAGUGUAGAAGGAUCGAAAGCUCUUCUAUUAAUCCAUACUAGUUAGGGCUGUGAUUUCAUUUGAUUUUUGUUGGAGUUUCAUUUUCAAUGGAACCCUGGCCUUUUCACGACGGUAAUAUCUACGAUUUGCUUCACAGACGAUACCUCCAUGGCCCUCAAGAUGCAAAUCGCAGUUUUCAGCUUCAUUCAUCACUGAUACGAAGGCUUUCACAGGAAAAAGAGUUGGAGGGGCAUGAAGGUUGUGUUAAUGCUAUUGCUUGGAAUUCCAGCGGUUCACUUCUGAUAUCCGGAUCAGAUGACACACGGAUUAAUAUAUGGAGCUAUGCUGGCAGGAACCUUUUGCAUUCCUUAGAGACUGGGCAUUGUGCAAAUAUAUUUUGUAGCAAAUUUAUUCCUGAGACUGGUGACGAACUUGUGGUUUCUGGAGCGGGAGAUGCAGAAGUUCGGUUAUUUAAUUUGUCUCGAUUAAGUGGGAGAGGAGCUGAUGACAGUGCUAUUGCUCCAUCAGCUACGUAUCAAUGUCAUACAAGAAGAGUCAAGAAGUUGGCUGUUGAAGUUGGAAACCCUAACGUUGUAUGGAGCGCAAGUGAAGAUGGGACAUUGAGGCAACAUGAUUUUCGAGAAGGCUCUUCAUGUCCUCCUGCUGGAUCUUCUCAUCAAGAAUGUCGCAAUAUUUUGAUUGACUUGAGGUGUGGAGCAAAGAGGUCUCUAGCUGAUCCUCCAAGACAAAAUUUUGCUCUAAAGUCUUGCGAUAUUAGUGCCACCAGGCCUCAUUUGCUCCUAGUUGGUGGGAGUGAUGCGUUUGCACGGUUGUACGACAGAAGGAUGCUGCCACCGUUCUCUUCAAGUCAGAAAAAGAUGCCACCUCCUCCUUGUGUUGACUAUUUUUGUCCCAUGCAUCUUUCUGACCAUGCACAUUCAAGCUUGCAUUUAACUCAUGUUGCGUUUAGUCCAGAUGGAGAAGAGGUUCUACUUAGUUACAGUGGAGAGCAUGUCUAUUUGAUGGAUAUAAAUCACGCAGGUGAUAGUUCUAUGCAGUAUAGCCCUGCAGAUGUUUCUCAGCUGACAAGCUUCACAACUAGGCUUGACAGAGGUGAACUGACAUCUGAAGUUGGCCUAAAGGGUCAUUCUAAGGAGAGAAGUGCUGCUCUUGACAUGUGUAAGAAGCUACUCCAAAUUGCUGAAAGAUCCUUGGAGGGGGACAUGAAUUACUAUUUCGGCAUUGAGGCUUGCGAUGACGUGUUAAAUGGAUAUGGUCAAUUUAUUGGACCAGCAUUGAAGCAUGAUUGUCUCUGUAUGCGUGCUGCGUUGUUGCUGAAGCGAAAUUGGAAAAAUGAUGGUCACAUGGCGAUUAGAGAUUGUCAUAAUGCUCGAAAGAUUGAUGGCUCCUCAUUUAGGGCACAUUACUACAUGUCUGAAGCUCUGUCACAGUUAGGAAGACAUAAAGAAGCUCUAGAUUUUGCUUGUGCUGCUCAAAAUUUGGCUCCUUCUAAUUCUGAUGUAGAAGAAAGAGUUGAGAGAGUUAAGAAGGACAUUGCUGCAGGCGAAGCAGAAAGAAAUAAGAAAGAAAAUGAAGGAAUUUUGAGGUCUGAACCUCGAGGUGAAGCAAUGCCUUCAUUAAGUGACAUAUUUUACCGGGUAGAGGCUAAUAGUGAUGAUAGCCCAAGAUCUGAAAGAGAAGAUUCUGAUUAUGAAGAGGAAUUGGAACUGGACUUUGACACAUCAAUGUCAGGUGAUGAGGAGCAUGAUGUUGAACCCAAUAUUCUGCAUGGAAGUUUAAAUUUAAGAAUCCAUCGAAAAAAUGAUUCAUCUAGGGAAAGUGGUGGUGCAAAUGGCUCGUGUGGAUCUCCCUCAUCAUCAUCCUGCAAUGACAGAGCACCAUAUCAGCCUGGGAUAGCUAUUGAUAUGAAACAAAGAUAUGUUGGCCACUGUAACGUGGGGACUGACAUAAAGCAGGCUAAUUUUCUGGGUCAAAGAGGUGAAUAUGUUGCUAGUGGAAGUGAUGAUGGCAGAUGGUUUAUUUGGGAGAAGAAAACCGGCAGAUUAAUAAAGAUGCUUCAUGGAGAUAAUGCAGUUGUCAACUGUGUGCAGCCUCAUCCUUUCGACUGUGCUGUUGCUACGAGUGGGAUUGAUAACACAAUUAAGAUUUGGACUCCAACUGCUUCCGUCCCCUCAAUUGUAGCCAGUGGAGCAGUAGGGCCAGAAAGUGCUGACUUUUUAGCUGCCAUGGAAGGGAACCAACGGAGAUUAGGCCGCAAUCGUGAUGCAAUCCUGGGUUUUGAAAUUCUUGAGCGCUUUCGAGUGCAUGAGUUCACUGAAGGAAACUUGCAUCCAUUCGAGUGUGCUCAGAGCUAAUCAGGUUCUUGCUGAAGCUUGCAGAGGCUUCAUCUUUCCGUGCGUGGACUGGAUUGUACUAUGGGAAGGUAAGAAAGAGAAUGCAUAAUGGAGACUUAUUUUGCCCUUGGUGUUGCAUUAUUUUUCCUGAUACCCUUGUGUAUAGUUAAGACUAUCCUCUCUGGGGUUUCCUUUUCCUUUUUUCAAAAAACAAAACUUUAAUCUAGUAUUUAUUUUGGUAUUUGUAGUGCGUACCUUUUCCUUGUGUAAAGAAUGCUAUAUUACUUUUAUGUUCUCACUUAUUAAAAAUGUAUAGAAUGCUUGUCUAUUGUUAAUAUUAAAGCUUGUCAA